GCGAAACUGAUGAAAAAAAUAAAAUAAAAUAAAAUUCUGGAUUAUUGCAUUCUGUGCAAUUCUGCAGAGAACCCAUCGGAAAACUCUGAAUCUCACAACUUCACCAACGAGGAAGAAGACGAAGAAGAAGAAAACAAAGGAUAUGGGUCUAUUGUACGACGACGUGGUGCUUGUGAGGCCGCCGGAGAAAGAGGAUGAACCCACCGUCAUCACUGUGAAUUGCCCCGAUAAGACUGGUUUGGGCUGCGACUUGUGCCGCAUAAUUCUAUUCUUUGGUCUAAGCAUUGUAAGAGGAGAUGUUUCGACCGACGGUAAAUGGUGCUACGUAGUGUUUUGGGUGACUGGAAACUCGUCGACGAGGUGGGGAUUGUUGAAACAGAGGUUGGUGGAGGUCUGCCCUUCUUGUUCUUCGGCGUCUACGCUUUCAUAUUUCCGCCCGGAGCCGCAGUCCUCGAAGCCCCCUGAUAUGUUUCUUUUGAAGUUUUGCUGCCAUGACAGAAGAGGUUUCUUUGUAGAUGUAACCCGGGUUCUUUGCGAGCAAGAGCUUCUUAUAGAGAAAGUGAAAGUGUCUACCACCCCGGAUGGGAGAGUGAUGGACCUGUUUUUCAUCGUUGACCCCAGGGAGCUUAUGCACACUACAAAGAGACAGCGGGACACAUGUGACCACUUGAAAUAUGUCAUGGGGGAUGCAAUGAUAAGUUGUGAAAUAGAAAUGGUUGGCCCUGAAGUUAUGGUAUGCUCACAGGCAUCUUCUCUUCUUCCAUCUGAAAUAGCGGAAGAAUCGUGUAGCUUGGAGUUGAAUGAAAAUCCACCAAGCAGAUCAUUAGCUUCUAAAGAUGUUUCUGUCACAUUAGACAAUUCGCUCAGUCCUUCUCACACACUAGUCCAAAUUGUUUGUCAAGAUCACAAAGGACUUAUUUACGACAUUAUGAGAACUCUCAAGGACUACAACAUUCAGAUCUCAUAUGGGCGCUUUAAUAAGAAGCAGAGAAGAAACUGUGAGCUUGACUUGUUCAUCAUGCAAGCUGAUGGAAAGAAGAUUGUAGACCCAAGCAAGCAGAAUGCUUUGUCAACUCGCUUGCAGAUGGAACUGAUUCGUCCCCUCAGAGUAGCUGUUUUGAGCAAGGGUCCUGACACAGAACUCUUGGUGGCAAACCCCACCGAGUUAUCUGGCAAGGGUCGACCUCUUGUGUUUUAUGACAUCACCCUUGCGCUCAAAUUGCUUGACAUUGGCAUCUUUUUGGCAGAAAUCAGACGCCAUGUGAUCGGAGACCGAGAAUGGGAAGUAUACAGAGUCAUGCUUGAUGAUGGAGCUGGGUCUUCAGUUCCAAGGAACAAGAUCGAGGACGGAGUCCGAAAGAUGUUGAUGGGAUGGGCGUAACAUGAAGAUCUAAAGUGGAAAGUACUUCAUCUAGCCUAUAUAUAUAGCUUGCUCUUCAAGGUUAAAAUGGGCUCCUCCUUGUCUUAUUGAUGCUUGUAACAUGUUACCAAUGUAUUCUGAAGGGACAGAAUCGUGUGAAUUAUUAUGUACAGGUUGAUAUAUUCAAGUCUCUUGAUAUAUAACUUGCCUUAGAGUUC